AGGAGGAGGAUCGACCGAAAACGGCCUUCGUAUUGUUUGAAGGCACGUGGCAGUGGGUUCGGUAUCCGAUGGGGAUUUGCAACGCGCCUGACACGUUUCAGCGGGCUAUGAAUGUGACAUUCCAGAACUUCUUCAACAAAACGCGGCUCACUCAAGGGAUGAUUAACUUCUGCGUCAUCGUGUACAUGGACGGCAUCCUGGUCUACUUGGAAACCUUUCACGGGCAUGCACAACACAUCGAGUGGACGCUGGGAGCUGUGAGAGAUGCUGGGUUCAAGAUCGCGCUCGAGAAGAGCGAGUUUUUCCUCUCGGAAAUCUCGUUCUUGGGUUACGUGGUGACACGUGGAGGAGUGCGGCCAGAUUCGAGGAAAGUCGCGGCGGUGAAAAAUGCUUCUAUUCCCACGUCAUUGACGCAGGUUCGAGCCUUCCUGGGACUAGCAUCGUACUACCGCCGUUUUAUCAAAGGCUUCGCCGAGAUCGCACGACCUCCAACGAACCUACUACGAAAGGAACAGCCCCUCAACUGGGACGCGGAGUGCGAACAGGCCUUUGCCACCCUCAGGCACGCCCUGGCGACGACACCCAUUUUGAUCCGGCCGUUGACGUGGAUGCGGGACAUCGAGCACCACGCAUGGAUCGAAUACGCGGAGCUGCUGAUCGUCCAAGCCUGGAGGACAGAGGUGGAGGGCGACCUUCUCGGAUUUCUGUUCGGAUCGGUGCGGCCCGACCAUCGCCAGCUGAUCAUGCGGGAACUCACAGUCCCCCUCGCGCAGCUGGUCGAUGAUCUUUCCCUCGACAUCAUCUCGCAGUGUGACGAAAGCCCGGUCCCGUACGUCCUCUCGCAAACGCUGUCGCCCUAUCUGCAUUGGUCGGCUUGCCUCGAAGGACAAGAAGGAGACAACAACCAGCCAUCGCAAGUCAAGUACCUAAACCCGCGAAGGAUAAUUGACAUCUCCUUCUUCCAGCCUCACACGACCUCCAAAGACGAAGUAUUAGCGUUGGAGGAGGAAGAAGAAGAGGACGACGAAGAAAAGGAACAAGAAGAGGACGACGAGGAAGAAGAAGAAGAAACCCCAGAAGAAGGGAGUUACAGUGAGCAUAGCGAAGAAGAGCAGAGCGAAAAAGAAGAAGAAGAGGACCAGGAGCAAGAGGAGUCUGAGCGAGAAAAUUCGGGUGAGGAGGCGAACUGCACAGAGGUCCAGAAGGAAGAUCCAAAGGCGACGGCGCGACGCAGAGAAGAGAUUGCAGCCGGUAAGCAGCCGCUAGAGUACGCAAGUGGAACGGAUCUGCCAAUCUCAGACGGUCCGACCAAGGAUCCGGAGCCGCCCAAGCCAGAGGAUGGGGACCUUGCUACCAAGACUUCGAGCGCACUGGCCAGGUGGCGGCGAAAUCGAUCCCCCUCCCCCUCCACCUCCACCCGUCCGGUAGUUCGAACUUGUACCGAUGCGGGGCAUCGGGCUUCGUCCCCGGUCCUUAUCCCGCCGUCCCCUUGACUAUCUCACCCUCCACUAGAUCACCACUCGUGUCACCUUCCCCCGCAAUCCCUUUCCAAUCG